AUUAACUACUUUAUGACAUAAUCGUAAUGUCUUUCUAUCCUCUCCUCACAGCCACAGUUGAUUGGUUCCACAAUUUCUAACGCCCAGCCCUCCCUCCUUCCUGAUUCUCGAAUUUACCAUGAACAUCAAAUUCAAUCCUCAGUCUUCUUCUCGUUUCUUUUGCCUUUGACCCUGGCCUUCUUCCUUCUCAUGUGAAUUCAGUCUUUUGAUCUUCUUCCUUCUUGUCCUCUCUGUCAAUGGCUGAUGUUAUUCGAUUACAGUAUCAGCCACUUCGAUUCCCUUCUCUCCUUCCUUCCUUACCUUCCUCUUUCAGAAAUUUACCACCUCCUCGCUACUCAACUAAGAGGGUUUUCCCUCUUUCGUAUUCUUCUAUCGCUGCUGGUCUUGCCUCACUUGCUUUUACUCCCACAACAAAGCGUUUGCUCUCCUUCAAGGUAUAUGCAACUGUUGCAGAAACUGAUCAGCCAAAAUGGUGGGAAAAGAAUGCACCAAAUAUGAUUGACAUUCACUCCACUCAAGAAUUUUUGGAUGCUUUAGGUCAAGCUGGAGAUAGAUUAGUCAUUGUUGAAUUUUAUGGCACUUGGUGUGCAUCUUGUCGAGCAUUAUACCCCAAGCUCUGCAGAACAGCUGAAGAUCAUCCUGAGAUUGUCUUCCUAAAAGUAAAUUUUGAUGAGAAUAAGCCAAUGUGUAAAAGUAUGAAUGUGAAAGUACUUCCUUACUUCCACUUUUAUCGAGGGGCUGAUGGGCAGCUGGAGUCGUUUUCAUGUUCACUUGCCAAGUUUCAAAAACUAAAGGAUGCCAUUAAGACACAUAACACAGCUCGAUGCAGCAUUGGUCCACCUAAAGGAAUUGGUGAUCUGAAACUUGAACCUUCCUUUGCUCCUAAGGAUAUAUCUGCUGAAUCUGCGAAAGAAUAGAAUCAUCAACGAAUUGCAGUGAAUUUUGUAACCUGUUUGUUGUUGCACAAAGAGAAACCCCUGAAAAAAUUGCGCCCUGAGAAACUUGUGCAUUGUUUGGUAAGUAGAAAAGUAUUUUCCAGAAAGAAAAAGGGAAAUAAUACAGCUGUUCCAUUUUCUUUCUAGAUACAUUUUCCUUUUUCCUUUUUAGAAAAUACUUUUUGGUGUACCAAACAUACACUUAAGUCGGGAAAGAUAUAUUUGCUAUAUAUUCUGUAUAUUUACCCCACUCCAUUCUUUUUUUCAUUGAUGAGUUGAUUGUAAUCCACAUGGUUGAAAACUAGUGAGCUUUGGGGGGUUUUUUUUUUUUGGUAGUUAUUUUAAAUUGUAUUAUUAAACUGUAAGCUAAGCUCAAUACUACUUGCCCUGGCUUAAUUCUUCAGUUCUGCUGAAUCUGACAUGCAAAAUAGUAUGGUAGAGUUAUGAGAUCACAA